AUGCGCUGCGCCAGCUUUUCUCCGGACAGCACGCGCAUCGUCACGACCAGUGCGGAUUGUAGUGUGCGCAUAUGGCAGCUCAGCGACAAAAGUACCGAGGCGCCCACGCUGGUGAGAAUCUUGCAGGGUCAUUGGGGAUGGGUCAAUACCGCUUUCUUUUCACUGGAUGGAAACCUGGUGCUAUCUGCGGCAGCCGACAAAACGGCCAAGAUUUGGUGCGCGCACACAGGAGAUUGUUUGAAGACCUUUGAGGGUCACUACGUCCCUGGGCGAAGGGGACAGUUGAUGAGCUUUGCUCCGAACAUGUCGACACGUGUCGACACUAUAGGCCAGAACUUGACGAACAGGCCCAGCCUGCUGCAAGCGUUUGCAUUUCUGUGGGUUGCAUUGAGGUAUGUCCUGACUGCGUCUUCCGAUUGGACUGCAAAGUUGUGGAAAUUCGGCAGCGGCGAAUGCAUCCAGACGUAUCGGGGCCAUGCGCAGUGGGUCAACAUGGCCAACUUCGCAGCAAACGAAGAGAAGAUCGUGACCUGCUCUAGAGACUGCACAGCACGGCUUUGGAUGACACAAAGUGGCGACUGCCUCAGAGUCUUCGAGGGUCACAAAGACUUCGUGAUGUGCAGCCUGGUCAUAGGUUCCGCCCCUCGAGACCGUUGGCAGGUACGCUGCAGCCGACGAUUGACUGAUGCAUCUGACGCUGAAAAACACAUACCCGGUCGCAGUCGAAUGGGUACUGCGGCCAUGUAA